AAACUAGUCUUUUAAAGUAAACGAUACGAGAAACAUGUGAGUUUUGUUACUAUAUUUACGUAAUUUUUACGAACAUCACGUAGGCCAACGCUAACAGAACUAAAUAAUCUUUCGGUAAGUUCUGUCCAAUUUACCUGUCCAAGACGUACAACUCGACAAACUCAGAAGUGUAACUAUCUCACAAUACAACUUGAAAGCACAGUUUCUUGGUUAGAAAUAGCCAUAAUUGCUUUUUAAAAAAUGGACGUGUCUUUUUGCCGGGGCAUAAGGUUCGCAACUACUUUAGGAUUCAGUCCCAUAUUGGUGACAAAAAAUUUCUUAGAGACAACACGUCUUACACGAUAUACCGAUUCAAGGCGUUGGAGAUUGAAAUUUUUCGAAAGACAUCGACAUUACAGAAACUUGUCGUGCAAUUAUGUCCCGUUUCUCAAUCAUAUUAAAACAUACGAAAUGCCAUAUAGGCAUAAAUUCGGUAAGAAUAUCCUGGUCACGCGUUAUUAUAACUUGAAUGCUAGUAAAGGAGAUGCCCCGAAAAUAGAACCGAUGAAAAAACUAUCAGUGUUCGCGAAAAUGAAACAAAUGACCAAGGAUUACUGGCAUGUUUUAGUACCAGUUCAUAUAGUUACCUCUAUAGGAUGGAUUGUCACAUUCUAUGUAACAAUCAAAAAUGGAGUGGAUAUUUCCCACCUCAUGGAGCUUAUGCAUUUUAGUAAGAAGUAUGUAGAUAAAGCAAAAGAUUCUACUGUCGGAAACUGGGCCCUAGCAUAUCUCCUUUAUAAAAUAUUUACGCCACUUAGAUAUACUGUCACUAUAGGGUGCACUACAAUGGCUAUUAGGCAACUUAGCAAGUCAGGGAUAGUAAAACCUUUGUCAUUUGGUAAACAAACACAAAUGGUAUACAAGUCUGCAUAUGAUACUGUGUACAACAGAAUCAAGUAAAACGACAACAACAAUGACUCCAAAAACAGGAUUCAAAAUAGAACGACAGACAGAACCUCCAAAGACAUAGCAAAAACAUAUGGGACAAAGCUAAUUGAUCACCUGGAUAAGAGAUUCAAUCUAAAAACCUGAUUGAUGAAAAGGAUGUAUAUUAUCACUUGUAAAUGUGUAAACGUUAUUGUGUUAUGAUAAAAGAAAAAUCUUAUAUGUAA